UAACAGUGGUAUCUUAAUUUAAUAUUUCUCGAGCUGAUCGAAGGGAGGAAUCGAUCGACGCACCUCUUUGAUUCGUAUCGAAUCGACAUUUUCAAGUGUGUUCCCAUACUAAGGUACCAAAUAACCCAAAAAUGCAACGUCUAUCAUUCCUAAUCGUGAACCUGUUGCUGGCUGGAUGUGCGAACGCGCGUUCAGCCGCAGACUCAGGCCAUCCAGUGAACUCAUUGGAUUCGGAUCAGGGUCGUGCCGCUCAGGGUGGCGGUGGUGUGUUUGGCGAUUUGCGGUCGGUUUAUCAGAUUUACAAAGAUUGCUCGGGAGCAGAGGUGAGCAGCUGCCUCAAGCUCAAGCUUCUGUCUACAAUGGAACGAGUAUCGCGUAGCGCUCAAGUCAGUAUUGUCGACGGUAUUACCCUUGUGAAGGACGAACCUCAGCCUGGCGAAGCAGGACGCGAGGAACCAAUCAGAACACCACAAGAGAUUGAAGCUUCAUUGCCAAGAAGCUUGGAAGAUAAGGAAGAUGCACUUAACUCUAUGAUUAUAGACAAAGCUGUGAGCUUUCUUCAAAGCCACACUCUCAAGGUCAAGCUUCCCAAUGUUGAGGAACUCCAGAGGAGUCUUUCCGAUGAAGGCCGCGGCAAGAAAAGGAAAAACAUGGGUGGUCUAUUGGCCAUUCCCUUGUUGAUCGGUGGUACUUUGGUACCCUUGGCUCUCGGAGCACUGGCUUUACUCGCUGGUAAAGCUCUGAUAGUGAGCAAAUUGGCCUUGGUGUUGGCAUCGAUAAUUGGACUGAAGAAAUUAGUCUCUUCGCACGAUCAUGGCCACGAAGUUCACGGAGGUGGUGGUUGGGCCAGAGCUGGACAGGAUCUCGCUUACUCGGCCUAUAAACCUGUACCAUCGACGCCCUAA